GCUGGGAGGGGGAGCGGCGGCGACGACGCGAGCUGCCUGCGGGCUCUCGCGCGGGCCGGGUCUUGGGGAAGGCUGGUGCCGGGGGCAGUGAGAGGCCUCUUCCGCACUAGGGGACAGAGCCCGACGUGGAGGUCGCGGGGCCGCGUGUCCGCCACGUCUCGCUGACCGCGGGCUGCUUCAUCGGGCUUUCCCCGGGCUCUUUCCCUUCCUCGCGGCCGGGCCUCUGAGGGUCUCCCAUUUCUGUCCAGCACCUGUCGUGGGAGGGGCGGGACACGCCGUUUCAGGGCCUGGGUCCCCCCUCCCUGGGUUUUUCUGAGUUGAAUCGGAGGUGGAGGGAAGCGCCGUGUUUGUCCUCCCCAGUGGUCUGGAUGAGGGGAGCUCGCCCUCUGGUGGGAAGCGCCUUUGAAACCCGCUUUCCAAGUAAAGAGAUGGUUCUUCUCUAGUGGUUUCCGUUGGGGGUCACUUGAGCUCUGUUGUUGCCUCACGGAGGCCCACCUUAUGUGGAAAGCGGGGUGGGAUGAUGGAGGACGGAAGGCGGGGUGUGGAUGGGUGGGAUUCAGGAGACGUGAUGCGAGGGGCGGAUGGUGAAUGAGGAAGAAGCCGGGAGCAAGACCGGUCAUGGGGGAAUACCUUAUUUUACAGUGCCUAGGAAAUAUCCCUGGGUCAUAAGUCUCAGGUGCGUGUGGGCAAGUAUGUGACCGUGACUUGUUCUGGAGAAGACCAAGUAUUCCUGCACGUCUUUGAGUUACAUUUUCUAGAGCCACUGUUCUUGGCAGCCCUCACGCUUUAAACCACCUCCCGGGAGAGCACCCUAACAGUAAAAUACAUAUGCGGGUGUAGUAUCAGUAGUAUGCGCUUCAUGAGUGCAAAACCGGAUAACGACAAGCGUAGUUCCAGCUGUAAUUCUCCCUCCCAUUGUCGCUUUUUUCAGUCUCUCAUCUGAACAGGAGAUGAAUGUCCCUCUCUGUUGAUAAGUAAAAUCACGGAAUAUCCCUUUAUUGUCUUUCACUUGGAAGUUUCAUUGUUGGGCAUGCUUGCUUGUAUUGUAGAUGUGUGGUUGGUGACUUUAUCUCCAGAUGCUGAGGUGCCUGGGUCCCUGGCGCAGGCAGUUGCUGAGCUGCAGCUGGAGUAGACUGUUCCUUCUGAAGCACUCUCUGUUUACAAUGAAGUUGCAGUCUCCAGAGUUCCAGUCACUUUUCACAGAAGGCUUGAAGAGUCUGACAGAAUUAUUUGUCAAAGAAAAUCAUGAAUUAAGAAUAGCAGGAGGAGCAGUGAGGGAUUUAUUAAGCGGGGUAAAGCCGCAGGAUGUGGAUUUUGCUACCACUGCUACCCCUGCUCAAAUGAAGGAGCUGUUUCAGUCGGUCGGCAUUCGUAUGAUCAACAACAAAGGAGAAAAGCACGGGACGAUCACUGCCAGGCUUCAUGAAGAAAAUUUUGAAAUAACUACACUACGGAUUGACGUUGCCACUGAUGGAAGACAUGCUGAGGUCGAAUUCACAACUGACUGGCAGAAAGAUGCUGAACGCAGAGAUCUCACUAUAAAUUCUAUGUUUUUAGGUUUCGAUGGUACUUUAUUUGACUAUUUUAAUGGUUAUGAAGAUUUAAAAAAUAAGAAAGUUAGAUUUGUUGGACAAGCUAAACAGAGGAUACAAGAAGAUUAUCUUCGAAUUUUAAGAUAUUUCAGGUUUUAUGGGAAAAUUGUAGAUACACCUGGUGACCACGAUCCUGAGACUUUGGAAGCAAUUGCAGAAAAUGCAAAAGGCCUGGCUGGAAUAUCAGGAGAGAGGAUUUGGGUGGAACUAAAAAAAAUUCUUACUAGUAACCACGUAAAUCAUUUGAUUCACCUCAUCUAUGAUCUUGAUGUGGCUCCUUACAUAGGCUUACCUGCUAGUGCAAGUUUAGAAGAAUUUAACAAAGUCAGUAAAAAUGUUGAAGGUUUUUCCCCAAAGCCAAUGACUCUCUUGACCUCACUGUUCAAAGUACAGGAUGAUGUCACAAAAUUGGAUCUGAGGUUGAAGAUUUCAAAAGAAGAGAAGAAUCUUGGUUUAUUUAUAGUUAAAAACAGGAAAGAUUUAAUUAAAGCAACAGAUAGUUCAGAACCUUUGAAACCCUAUCAAGACUUCAUUAUAGAUUCUAGAGACUCCGAUGCAACUGCUCGUGUGUGUGAACUCCUCAAGUACCAAGGAGAGCACGGUCUUCUGAAGGAAAUGCAGCAGUGGUCCAUUCCUCCGUUUCCUGUAAGUGGCCAUGACAUCAGAAAAGUGGGCAUUUCUUCCGGAAAAGAAAUUGGGGUUCUCUUACAGCAGUUGAGAGAACAGUGGAAGAAAAGUGGUUACCAAAUGGAAAAAGAUGAACUGCUAAGUUACAUAAAGAAGACCUAAAUUUGAUGAGAGCUGGCUACUAAAAAAGCAGAAACAUUCUGGUAAGACUAGUUUUUUCCCGUCCCCCCUUAGUGAGAUUGAAGAGACUGGAAUAAAAGCCAGCUUAGAGGAUCUCUUCAGAAGAGUAAAGGUCUUAUUUUGUGAAAUAUAAUUGUAUUUCAGGCAUUAAAGGAAAGUCUACCUCCUCUUAA